AUGGCCCUUAUCAUUGCCUCUAAUCAGGUAACAAAGAAAGGCUACGAGUUUUAUUAUAAUCAUCAGCUACUCGUGUUGACGACUGGAUCGGGUAUAUCAAAAACGACAAACAAUCAAGGAGUUGUAAUGAUGAUGGAUUCAACUCAUAAAGUUCACUUCGAAAAAGUGUGCGGCGAACGUGCGAAUUUGAUAAAAAGUAAAUUAGUGCCAACUUGCCUCAGAGCUGACUAA